AUGUUUUUCACACAGGUCCUCUCUUUACAAUCAUCAGAGAUCGCACACGGGCGAGAAACCGUAUUCCUGUUCCGAGUGCGGGAAAUGCUUUGUGAAAAAAUCCGAACUUGUCAUACAUCAGAGGUUUCACACAAGGGAAAAGCCGUAUUCCUGUGGUGA